AUGGCGGAAGCAUGUAAACUUUCAUCUAUUGUCUGUCGACUCGCAUCGGAAAAAGAAUGGAUAGAUUGCCUCCCUUCCCAGCGCCAUGAAGGACCAUUUGAGUCUGUUGCUAAACAGAGACUGCUCCCCUCGGAGACUAUAAAUUUUCGGUUUCGAACACGUCUCAUCUACGCGACCGCCACGAUAAAUUAUGACUACCCCAACGUUCUUCGUCUCCAAGUUCAAUCUUCUAUUAUAGACCGGAUAAUGGAUCGGCUACUCGGUCACCUCCCAACCUCCUGGCGCGACCGGGUUAGCAGGUUCUUCCCAGAAUGGAGCCUCCCAUCCCGCCUUGUUCUAAAGGUGUGCAAAGAGAACUGGGAUGAAGAAUUCAAAAUAGAAAAGUCGACAUAUAAAGCGCUCGAAAGUCUUCAGGGAAGCAGAAUCCCCAACUUCUACGGCGAGUUAAAAUAUAACGGUAAAAAGGCCAUACUGAUAUCUGAUAUUGGUGGUGUUUGUCUCUCAACUCCUGAGGGGGCCCUUUUAAAACUAUCCGACGUUCUUAACCUGGUAAAGGACGCUUUAAUUGAUCUCUUUCGAUUUGGUAUAGAACCAUGUGAUAUCAAGCUGGAUAACUUUCGUCUUGUCGAUGGUCGGAUUAUGCCUAUUGACUUUGAGAUGGUGGAUCAUAAUCGCCAAACGGAUGAAAAGCGCGCUGAGGCUGUCUUAGACUCGGCUUAUUUUCUAGGUGACCAAUAUGAAAAACAGCGGUCGUGCUAUUUAGGUGAUGGCUUAAUCAAACAGGUGAAGUAG